AUGGACGCAAAGCCGCAGCGUCCUCUGCGGGGGCUUCGUGUCCGCGACGAGAACAUGCUGCCUCAGUUACCAGCCGGAAAAGCUCUUAGGCAGGGCAAAUCUGUGUCUGCGCUGAACGGCCUCUCGAUGCCUGCUGGAGCCAUUAAGCCGGCCGCUAAGCGGGCCCCUUUUGCAGAUGUCAGUAACACUACAAGGCAACUCACCGCGAAAGACGACAUCCAUCUUGCUGGCAAGAAGAAGGAUACCCUAGUGCUCAAGGACCCCGCUGCGACCGCAGUCAAGGAACUCGAGAAGCCCGGCGCAUUGCUACGUCCUGCCCAGCGUCCGCCACCGACCACAGCCGCAAAAGCCAACAUAUCAGUCAACGUCGAAACAACCGAGUCUGUUGUUUCAAAGCAGAUCACCAUCGAUGCCUCAACCAACGCUCGCAAGAUUAUAGCCAAGAAGCCAACCACCAUCUUCCAUGAAGCUAAGGCUGAGAUUCGGCCUACAGGUACCGCAACUAGCGUCCUGACACGACAAGCAUUGACGACCCGGACCAAUUCAUUUCCCGUUGAGGACCGUGCGCUAGAGCCAUCAGCUGUUCGCCCAAUCGAGGCCGAGGUCGAUAUCCCUGCGCAAGAAGAGGAUGAGGCGGUGAAGAUCAAUACAGAAGAGAACUAUGAAUACCUGGAUGCUCUUGAGGAGCAAGCGCGUGUCAUUGAGCAGGAGCGCAAUGACGAGCUUGCAAAACUCAGCCAAGAGGAGUUCUGGGACGAGGAUGAAGACGAAGAGUAUUACGACGCCGACGGGUACACAACGGCGCGGUCUCUUCGUUCGCGUGGUGAUAACACAACUGGUGGGGUUACAUUGGUGCUUGCACCGCGUGUGACAGCAAAGACACAACGUGAGCUCGAGGCCGCGAGACAUGCUGUGGAGUUGCACCGAUCACCGGAGGAUGUCGAGGACGAACAGUGGGACACAUCAAUGGUUGCCGAAUAUGGCGACGAGAUCUUCGAGUACAUGCACUCUCUCGAAGAGAAGAUGAAGCCCAACGCCAACUACAUGGACAACCAAGCCGAGAUUCAAUGGUCGAUGCGCUCAGUUCUUAUGGACUGGCUUGUUCAGGUUCACAAUCGCUUCACGCUCUUGCCCGAGACGCUCUUCCUCGCCGUGAACUACGUGGACCGCUUCCUUUCCGCCAAAGUGGUCUCUCUGGGCAAAUUGCAGCUUGUCGGCGCCACUGCCCUUUUCGUUGCUGCCAAAUACGAGGAGAUCAAUUGUCCUUCGGUGCAAGAGAUUGUCUACAUGGUCGAUGGGGCCUACACAGCAGACGAAGUCCUCAAGGCUGAGCGAUUCAUGCUCAGCAUGCUACAGUUCGAGCUGGGCUGGCCGGGACCGAUGAGCUUCUUGCGCCGAAUCAGCAAGGCCGACGACUACGACCUCGAGACACGCACCCUAGCCAAGUACUUCCUUGAAAUCACCGUCAUGGACGAGCGCUUCGUCAGCUGUGCUCCAAGCUUUGUGGCUGCUGGCGCCCAUUGCCUAGCCCGGCUCAUGCUGAAGAAAGGCGAAUGGUCGCAAGCUCACGUUCACUACUCUGGCUAUACUCUGAGCCAGCUACGACAGCUUGUCUCUUGUAUGAUGGAGUGCUGCGACAACCCUCAAAAGCACCACGCCGCUGUUUACGAGAAGUACACCGACAAGCGCUACAAGCGCGCAUCCGUUUUCGUCGAGACCGAAAUCGCAAAGGGGUUCCAGCUUCCGUUCGCCUCAAGAGACAGUCUUGCGGGUCAGACUUGGAGGCGAAAGUGA